AUGGUCAUCGUUGACAAGUCCGGAGUUCAUCACCUCGAGGUUCGAUGCUGCGAUUGUUCAAACACCAUGAGUCCGGACAUUCAAAUAGUGCUUGACAAUUUUCUAUUGGACAACCUAGAAUGCGGCACCUCCGCGAUGAACUAUUACAGCAAGCUCCGGCGAAUGACCUCCAGCAUGUUUCCUCACCUUGUUCCGGACCGAUACAGAGAGCUCAUGAGAGUCACUCGACAGUGGAGGCAGUUGAAGACCAUGAAAUGGCAUGGCUUUGGUCAUCGUUCCAACACCCCAAAUGCCAGAGAUCUCACACUGUUUUGCCCGACAUGUCCUCAGCCUGGGAUCAACAUAUCCUUGUCAGGAAAUGAAACACUUGAUGACUGGAAAUAUACCCGGUCAUUUGUGAUGGACAGUAAUUUCAAAGCCAAACACUUGCAUCCCAUCAAGCCAUUUGAUGAAGUAUGGCUUGCAGAUGGGCUGGGGUUCAUGGUGGGAAAGGACAGCUGCAACAAUCACUGGGCAGUAAAUCAAGCAAAUGCAACUCGGCACAAGCUGGAGUCGACGGGUAUCGGGGGAGUUGCUUGUGCCUGCCAUGGCUGCUUUGUGCCUCAUGCGAUGGUCAAUUUCCAGAAAGGCGAAAGCCAAGCCGAACAUGAAGUUCUACAUUCACAAGUUGAUCAUGCAUCAUUUGCAGACAAAUGA